AUGGAAGAGUACAACGCGUUGUUGAUGCUGAACAGAAGGGUACGCACGAUUGGGGAGGAGGAGGAUUCCUCGCCGUAUUUCAACCCGUUCGAGUCGAGUGUCGGCGGGUCGACGGGGCUGGAGAAGAUCGUCGAUCGAUCGAAGUGCAACGUCGCCACCGUUGGCGGCCCGUUCGUAUGCUUCGACUGCGGAAAGAGAUACAAGUGGCACGACAGUCUGAGAAGGCACAAAAGGGUCGAUUGCGGGACCACGGAGAAAAAAUACUCCUAUGCCUACGUGUCGUUGCAACUGCCUUACGGUUUGCCAUCAGGAUUCCAACCUUACUCGGCCAACGUGAAUUUGUCCCAAAAAGACGAAAUGAAAUAUUUGCGGGGCGACGGGAGCAGCCUGAUGAAUGUUUGUUUCGGUUGUGGGAAGAGGUACAAGUGGAGGGACAGUUUGUUGAGGCAUCAGAGGGUUGAAUGUGGUAACAAGGAGAAGAAGUUUUGUUGCAAAUUGUGCCCGAAAAAAUUCUAUCACCAGUACAAAUUGAACGAGCAUUAUCAAGGACGGCACAAAAUACCCAAGCCUCGUUGA